CUCUUUUUUGGAGUCUGGGCUAAGCUCUUCGUCUGUUGGGCACAAUGUCGCCAACCUCUUCUAUGCAAUUAUUCAACUUGCAAUAUAUAUAGUUACAAAAAUGAAUGUAGUAUUAAAAAAUUGAAGCAGUCUACGAAUUUCAAAAUAUUUGACUUGCAUGUGGUUACAAAAUUCAGAAAGUUAUAAGCAUGGAGAAAAUGAGCAGUCAACUAGGAGAGAAAUUUUUAACUCGAUUAGCAGUAGAAAGAAAUUCUCAAAAAAAGGAAUUUGAUGUUAUUAAGGAAAAUGAUAAUUCAUCUUGCAUUAACUUUAAUUUUAAAUCAUCGAAACUUUUAUCUAAGAAGUGUAAGAAUGGAGUUGAUUCAUUGUUAGAAAAAUUAGAAAAUUAUAACAAAAAGGCUUGUAGUUCAGAUAACUUUGGGGUACCCAGCAUUAUAAGCACUGAAGAAAAAGACUCUCACAGUAUUAAUAGUAUGUCUCCUGAAUAUUGUAAAUCGAGAUCUCCUUAUUGUCGAGAUGAUGUCAUUUCACCCACAUUCAGUAAUGAUGAUUCAAACGAAACAAAACAAAGACGAAAGCGUAAGUUGGGCAAGCCACUUAAACUUGCUAAAGAUGGAAAGUCAGAUGAUUUUUCCAAACUCACCAUUGCUCAAUCUACAUUACCAGUAAACAGUGAAAACAUUCAUAAAUCUGUUGACUCUCAACACGAUUUAGCAAGUCAAACCCUUAUGCUGAAUUCAACUCCACUGAUUAAUGAAAGUUUAAGUUGCCAAUUAAAUAAGUUUCCUAGAAAUUUGAAAUCAUUUUUUACACUAAAUGAAUGCAAAAAUUUCACUGCAGAGCAAUGCGAUAAGUUGAAUGAAUUUUUUGAAGAAAAUAAUUUUCAACAGAUUAAAGAAAAAGCUGAUCCAACCCAAAUACGCAGAAAAAGCGAAUGUUCAACGAGACCCUUGAGGAAAAAUGAAAGAUUUCGAAGAAAAUCUUGUAGUGACAUAAAAGAACUUCUUCCUCAAUCUACUUCUAAAAUUGAUGUAUUAGGAACUUCUGUUACUUUUAAUGAAGUUGAGUCUCAGUUAGAGGAAAUGUUUGCUGGUCUUAUUGAAUCAGAUAAAGAUGCUUUGAAAAAAAACGCGCAAGAUGCACGUAAACAGCUUAAUGUUACGGAAUACGAGCUCCAAGAAAACAUGAAAACUAAAAGGAUAGUGGAUCUUAGUAACUCGGACAUUGUUUCUUCAAAAUUAAAAACUAAUCAUGAGUAUAAACGUAAGAAAACAAGAACUAUAUCUAAUAAGUUGAGACAAAAGAAAACUGAUACUUCGAAAAAAAAAAAUAAAUGUGACAGUAUUCAAGGUAUUUUAUCUGGAAAUAAUUCCGUAAGUAAUAACUUUUUUAAAUAUAAGGGCCCAAUAAUACAUGUAAAAGGAUUAAACACCAGUCCUAAUUGUGCUCAAAUAAUGAAUGUUUCUAAAGACGACGAUGAAGAUAAAAACAAAGAAAAACGUAAAAACAAUUUAAGCAGCACUAACGGCAGAGGAAAAAAAUCAAGUUUUCAAAUGAAUCUUGAAUAUCAAGGUAAAACGUGUAAUGCCAAGCUUUUCAAUUCAACAUUAUCGGUUAGAUAUGACGCAUAUACAGCUGAUAUGACGUGGAUAUGUGUUCUCUGUAAAAAAGGUCCACAUUAUAUAGUACCUGGAAACUCUUCCGAUUUUUUCCAUAAUUCAUCUUAUUCUGGGACAUAUACGAAAACCGACGUUUGA